UUACUUCCCUCGUAUCUCCCAACCCGGACAAGUUGGCCAGAUCAUCGAGCAGUUCCCUCAGACCACCGACACCUUCUACGUCUGGACUGUCAACCAGCCAGUCGGCCAGACUGUCACCAUCGCUGUUGGUGACUCCAACGGUGAGGUCGUCGGCUCUGCCAUCACCCCAGCCAUUGUUGCCGGAUCUUCAACUUGAAUGGAAACGGUGGCUCUGCCUCCAACAGCGGUUCUGCCUCCUCUACUGGCUCUACCUCCAGCUCUUCCGGCUCGUCCUCCACUGCUACUCGUCCCACUGGCAGCACUACCGGCAGCAGCAGCACUGGCACUCGCCCCACCAGCAGCUCCACGAGCAGCGCUCCCGCGACCACCUCCACCGGCACUCGCCCUGACUCGGCUUCCUCCAUCCGCGGCUACUCCGCCAUCGUGGCUGGUGCCGUCGGUGUCAUUGCCGCUGCUCUGGCUUAAGCGGAAGUGCACAAGACCCUCGAUUCGGAUUUUCACAAGUGCAGCGUUCUGCUCGUCCAAGAAUUUCGCGCGUACACGAACGAUGGCUCGUGUCUAAUACGGGAAUCGCGAAGUCGACCUGAUUGCUCUGCAAUCAAGACGCCCUAUGCGUAAUCCCAUCACAUCAUACCUGCCCGGUCUUUCCCUUCCUGCUCCUUUCAGCUCCUUCACCCUUUCAUCACUUUCCGU